AUUCUUAGCCCUUCUCUUUCUUUUUGGUUAAUUGUAGCUGGGAUUCGUGAUCUUCGAAUGUCGCGGAGACCAAUUUGAUUUGGAUUUUGAGAAAUCACGCUUGAGAAUUUGUGGAAUUUUGGCUUUUUUUUGGGAUAUUUUUAGUGGGUGAAUGAGCCUUUGGUGAUUAUUUGGUUUAAUUUUGCUUCGCUGUGUCCCCAUUUUUGGGUGAUUUUGGUGGAUUAGUGUAAGAGGUUUUUGAUUAUGGUAUUGGAGAUGAGAUUUACGGUUGAUAGAUUUGUAGUUGUAGAGAAUGGAUUCCGAGUUUUUGCGAUUUUUGGCAAUCUAUAGUAUUGGGCAUGUUUGGGGUCUCUUUGGCUUGGCCAUUUAAUAGAUUUGUUUAAAGAAGCACCAAAAACUAUUUUUUCUCACUAUUUGUUUAAAAAGCUUGUUCCUACAGCAGGAAAUGAAAGUUUUGAAUUGAAGUUUCUACUUUUGGGGCCUAAAUGUGCAUUUCACUUAUAUGUCACAUGAAAAGAUACGUACUUUUUCGGUUGUCAGUUUGAUGGGUCAUGCAUCGUCCAGUGAUAAUUCCAAGAUCAAACAGGGGCCCGAUCACCUCCUCGUCCUUGUUCACGGCAUCAUGGCUAGUCCUAGUGACUGGAUUUAUGCAGAGGAACAGCUGAAAAGGCGGCUGGGUAGCAAUUUCUUGAUCUAUGCAAGUUCAUCCAACAGUUAUACAAAAACGUUUGGUGGGAUUGAUGGAGCUGGAAGGCGAUUAGCAGAUGAAAUCUUAGAUGUGGUUCAACAGACAGAUAGCUUGAGGAAAAUCUCUUUCUUGGCACAUUCCCUUGGCGGUUUGUUUGCAAGAUACGCUAUUGCUGUACUUUAUAACUUGGAAAAUUUGAGAAGGGGCCAGCAUGGUUAUUCUACGAGUCAUACAAAUGGAAAUUCAGACAAACUAAAAAGCUUAUCUGCAUCGGGGACAAUUGCUGGACUUGAGCCGAUAAAUUUUAUUACCUUGGCGACCCCACAUCUCGGGGUUAGGGGGAAAAAGCAGCUUCCGUUCUUAUUGGGCGUACCGAUAUUGGAAAAACUCGCACCACCUUUAGCUCCCAUCUUUAUUGGGCAAACUGGUCGACAACUGUUCUUGACAGAUGGGAAACCCAGCAAGCCACCGCUUCUUUUACGAAUGACAUCUGACUCUGAAGAUAAAAAGUUCAUAUCUGCUCUUGCUGCCUUUCAGUGUCGAAUUUUAUAUGCUAAUGUGUCUUAUGAUCAUAUGGUUGGCUGGAGAACAUCUUCAAUCAGGAGAGAAACAGAGCUUAUUAAGCCCUCCCGUCGAUCUUUGGGUGGCUACAAGCAUGUUGUAAAUGUGGAAGAUUGUCCUCCGGUGUCCUCCGAAGGACCCCAUUUUCCAUCAGAAGCAGCCAAGGGAAAGGAAGCAGCCCAAACUGAGCCAAACACAGAAAACACCGCAGAAUAUUAUCAUCUGAUGGAAGAGGAGAUGAUACAAGGGUUGCAAAGGAUAGGUUGGAAGAAAGUUGAUGUCAGCUUUCACUCGGCACCUUGGCCCUUAUUUGCUCAUAACAAUAUUCAUGUGAAGAGAGAAUGGCUUCACAAUGCUGGUGCUGGUGUUAUUGCUCAUGUUGCUGAUAGUAUAAAGCAGCAAGAGUCUGCUACAUUAAUUGCCGCAAAUCUAUAGGUAUACGGGAAAUUCUUUUUUUGAGAGAGAGAAAGGUAGCAUGCUACCGCUUCAUUCGGUAUACGGAAAAUUCUGAGUCCAUACUUCAGACAAUAUUUUCUUCUUUAGACACUAAAGACUGCAAUAUACAACCAAAGAGCAGACAGCUGGUUAGACACAUUUUUUUCUUUUUCAACACAAAUUUUUACCGGCAUUUUCCUCAUCUCGAUGAAUCAGUAACCGGUAGGAAGAGCAUAAGCGGAAGGAUUAAAGCUUAAAAGAGUAUAGAACUGGUAAGAAGAUGUUGAAAUCAUGCAGAGAAACUGCUUUAAAUGCCAUAAAUACGUGAAUGACUAUAAAUGAAGAAGGGGCAGUCACCCCAUGGCUAUGUGGACAUAGAUACUUAAAUGCUGAAUAAAAGUUAAAUGUGGGGUUUUUAUUUUCCUCCCCCUUUAUCCCUUUCUCUAAUUUUCCUUUAUUUCCCGAGGCCUAGUUGCCUCAUCCUGUAGCUAAAUUCACUACCUAAAUAAAUGAAGCGGUAGCAUGCUACCUUUCCCUCAAAAAAAAAAAAAAAAGUUUAAAUGUGACUAUAGUUGCAGAUGCUUUGACAUUUCUUGCAUACCAUGAAGAAAAGAAGUUAUCUUCAUUCCUGAAGAGAAGCACUACGAUAGUAUAGAUUGAAGAACUACAAAUGUUUAUUGUUUGUUUGUAAAUCAGAUAAAUAUUUGUUUUUGCUAUAUGUGGCAGGUGUGUGAACAUUUUGUGAUUUUUUUGUUUCAUGGCAUGGCACUUGUGAUGGAAACGCAUCAGGGCCUAUUUGGAUCAAUUAGAGCUUCUAUAAAAGUGUUAGUUAAA